AUGUGCGACUUUUGCGAUAAUAUCGCAAGUCAUGUGAGACCGACAACUUCUGGUUCAAUAGGACCAACAAAAGAAUUUAUCCUUUAUGAUCAAUUAUCAGAUAAAAGAAUUUCUAGACUUGCUACACGGCAAAAGAUAUGGAAUUCUUUGGAAUUAACGAAAUUCAACCCUGAUAGGCAUUUAAAUUUUUCGAAAAUUAUCAGAGAAUAUGCGACUUCAGCACCUGGACAAUUUAAAACAUAUAAACCCGUGUCACCAGGUCGUCGUUGGCUUCGUCGUCCAAUCAACGACCACUUAUUCGAAGGAAGACCAGUCAAGAAACUCACAAUUCCUUUACGUAAAUCUGGCGGACGUAACGAGCAUGGACAUAUCACGGUAAGACAUCGUGGUGGAGGGCAUAAGCGUCGAAUUAGAUUAGUAGAUUUCAAAAGAUGGGAUCCUGGACCACAAGAAGUUCUUCGUAUCGAAUACGAUCCAAAUCGAUCGGGACACAUUGCUUUAUUAAAACACAAAGAAACCAGAAAACUCUCUUAUAUACUUUCGCCACAUGGUCUUGAAGUUGGAUCGAUCGUACAAUCUUUUCCGACAAAAACAACAUCGUCAUAUGAAGAGGAAAUAAUUCAAGAUCCGGCAAUUUCGCGUAUGGCCAGAAUAACCAAAGGAAAUUGUCUGCCGCUAAGAAUGAUACCAGUCGGUACUUUAAUUCAUUGUGUCGGUCUUAAGCCUAACGGCGCAGGAAUUUUGUGCCGCGCUGCUGGUACUUCAGCUCAAGUUGUGCAAACAGGUGAAAAAGGGUACGCGCAAAUUCGACUUAAAUCCGGUGAAGUUCGCCUGAUUCACGUUGAAUGUUGCGGCACCAUCGGUACCGUGUCAAAUCCUGAUCAUCAACAUCGUAUGCUCGGGAAAGCGGGUCGGUCUCGAUGGUUAGGACGAAGACCAACGGUUAGAGGUGUGGCGAUGAACUCAGUCGACCAUCCCCAUGGUGGUGGACGUGGUAAAAGUAAAAGUAAUCGUCAUCCUGUGAGUCCUUGGGGUGUUUUGGCUAAAGGUGGUAAAACUAGAAGGAAACCGAAUAAAUGGGUUGUUAAGCAAAGAGCGCGAAGAUGA